GUGGUAAACUUGCCCCAACAAUUGAAUGUGAAAAACAAACACUUAGGGCCUGUUUGAUAGCAGUUUUAGUUCCCAGCCCAGAAGAACCUCACUCACACAACAACUCACAAGCCAUGUCUCCAGGUACCGUUCUCGACGCUUCCUCCGACGACCACCAACAACUUCCCUCCGCCACCGACGACAAGAAGAAACCUCAACCGCAGGAGUACGAUGAUGCUCCUGUUGUUGAGGACGUGCACGAUGAAGCCGAUGAAGAUGAAGAUGACGACGAGGACGAUGAGGAUGAUGAAGAUGGUGCUCAAGGUACCACUGAGGGUUCAAAGCAGAGCAGAAGUGAGAAAAAAAGCCGAAAAGCAAUGUUGAAGCUUGGGCUGAAGCCUGUCACUGGCGUUAGUAGGGUCACAAUCAAGAGAACAAAAAAUAUACUUUUUUUCAUCUCAAAACCUGAUGUCUUUAAGAGUCCGAAUUCUGAGACAUAUGUCAUAUUCGGGGAGGCGAAAAUAGAGGACCUGAGCUCGCAGUUGCAGACGCAAGCUGCUCAGCAGUUCAGAAUGCCAGAUAUGGCAUCUGUAAUGGCAAAACAAGAUCAAGGCGCUGCUGCAGCUGAUGGAGCACAGCCUGAGGAAGAAGAAGAGGAGGUUGAUGAAACCGGCGUGGAGCCCCACGACAUUGACUUGGUCAUGACACAAGCUGGAGUGUCAAGAAGCAAGGCUGUCAAGGCUCUCAAGACUCACAAUGGGGACAUUGUUGGUGCCAUCAUGGAGCUCACUACUUAAUUGAGCUUUGUGUUCAUCUCUUUUUUGAAUAAUUUUGGAACUGGUGCAAUCCUUGACUUACUGUAGCAAUAUCAUACCAACAUAUCAAUAGUAUAUGUGUUUAGGUUUACUACUUACAUCAAUUUUGUUGCUUCCUCUGUUUCUCAACAAACUCUGGAGCCAUAUUAAGGACACAUUUGUUGGCUUAGUGUUGUGUUCUUUUUUCUUUUA